AUACAUCACCCGAGCUAUCGUUUAUCGCAAGAAAUAUUAAGUAAGCAUCAUGCCUCUACGCAACAACACAGGUAUAACCAAACUUAACUGCCUCAAGUGUAAUGAGCACAUUAAAGGUACAUCUAGUAUUCAAUGUAGUAUUUGUGAAAAACAAAACGCUUACAAAAGAUGAAUUCUCCAAGCUGGCCAAUGAAAUAAGAAGUGGAGUACUGAAAUGAAAGUGUUUACAAUGUGCAUCUGAAUCAAGCGUAAUUGUAUCUGAGGACAUGCUGGACGACAUUGAUGAAUCCGACAUUGUUAUGGAUUCCAUCACUGAUAAAAUCGAUAAAUUACUUGGUAAGCAUAUUGAUCUUAUGAUUGAAGACGUCAUAGCUGAGAUAAAUGAGCGUAAAAGGCGCGAAGCAAAUGUCAUCUUGUUGGGGAUUACUGAGUCCAACAAGGCUACUGGACAGGAGCGUUUGGAGGAUGAUCGUGCUGCACUGUCAACGAUAUUACCUCCAGAUCUCUCAGCCAAAAUCCCGAACGUCAAAACGACAUCAGUAGGUGAAGCUAGGACCAUCUUGAAAACAAAGCUUUCUAAUUUCAAGAAUCUUCGCUCUAAUUAGAUUCACUGGCAGAAGACGGUACGUCUAAUAAAAUAUUUAAAUAUGUACAUGGAAUACCAUAGAUUGUCGACAAAAAUUUUCGCGCGUUCCGCGAGAAAAAAAACAACCCGUAACUCUACAGUUGUACUAUCAGAACAUGAGAGGUCUCAGAACUAAAUUAAGCAAAUUUUUAACAGCCUCAGCUAGUAGUCAAUCAGAUGUCUUAUGCAUUACAGAAACAUGGCUCCAAACGUCAAUAGCUGAUGGUGAGGUUGUCGACAGGUCUGACAACAUCUAUAGAAAAGAUAGGGAUCCUAUGGUCAGUGGUCUUGGACGUGGAGGAGGAGUUUUCAUCGCAGUAAAGCGUUCUAAUCAAUCUGAGCUGAUUGUCAUAAACGACAACACCCUGGAACAAGUAUUCAUUAAAAUUAAAGUUAACAACACAGACAUUGUCAUCGGUAGUAUACAUAUAUAUUCCUCCUCUGCCAACUACGAGUACUGAUACAUAUUUGCUUCCUUGCAUGUCCGAGACAAACUACCGGAUGCGAAUCUACUGAUAAUGGGUGACUAUAAUCUUCCUAGCAGCAUAUCAAGGACAGAGUAUACCCAAAUAAUCUACGAAAAUCUAUCCAUGCUUGGAUGCCAGCAAUUCAAUAAUGUCUUGAAUAAUCAUCACAAGACCGUAGAUUUGUGCUUUAGCAACGCUGAUAUUGUGCUACGUAGGACACCAACCAUUAUAGGAAAGGACAAACAUCACCCAGCAAUAGACAUCACCCUCGAGUUUAAUAUGCAUCUUAGAGCUGAAGUAUCAACCAGCUGUGUACUCAAGAAUGCAGAUUACGACAGCUUGAAUAAAUUCUUCAUCAGAACGAACGGGAUCGACCUUUACAAACUUGACUGUAUAGAUGAUAAAUUGAAUUGGUUUUACCAAAAAAUGUAUGAAGGUGUUGAAAGAUUCGUUCCGCUAAAAAACCCAGCAACUAUCCGUGUUGGUUCACCUUGGAAAUUAUACGCAAAAUAAAACUAAAAAACAAGACAUAUGCAAUCUACAAACAAACGAGCACAAGACCUAACUUUAAGUGGUUUGCGAGCUUAAGAUAUGAAUGCAAACAUUAAGUGCUAGAUGUUAUCGAAAUUACGUGGCCCAGGUUUAAAACUCCGUCAAGACGGACACCCAAGCCUUGUGGAAGUUCAUGAAGAAUAAGAGAAAAAACAACAUAGAUAUAUCGGCGGAAGUGCGAUGGAACAAUUCAAUAGCAAACACUGGAGAAGGAAUCAGCAACUUAUUUGCAUCUUUUUUCGAGAACACCUAUACACCCAAUUAAGCUGGAUAUACGCAAGACUCAAUGGCCGUACCUGCUGCUUCAACUUAUCAUGAUGAUAAUUCUGGAGUAAAUUGCAACUUAUCUGACAUGGAUGCCAGUUUUGAUGACGUUUUCAAACAGCUAGCAUCGCUAGAUAUAAAUAAAGGUGCAGGCCCCGAUGGACUACCAAAUAUAUUUCUACGCGGUUGUGAGGCAGGACUCUAUGAGCCAAUAUCUCAUAUUUUUAGUAAAUCGCUAUCACAAGGGACAUUCCCAACGUGUUGGAAAAAGUCAUACGUCUGUCCAAUACACAAGACGGACAUAGAUCUGGCGUCAAAAACUACCGUCCAAUCUACAUCCAAUCAUCACUAGCGAAGCUCUUUGAAAAAGUGGUCCUAUCACAACUGGCAGCGUCCUUCAAGGAUAUUAUCAUCGCCCGUCAGCAUGGAUUUGUUGGCGGACGAUCCACAACAACUAAUUUGUUUAUCUAUAUUAACUACAUACUUGAGUCUAUGAAUGCUGACACAAGUGUUCAUGCACUAUACACAGUAAGGCGUUCGACAAAGUUGACCCAGAGAACUUAAAACAACUUUUCUUUCUUUUACGUUCUCUGGUUGACCGACGUCUACAAGUCAAAGUAGACGUUCAUCUGUCAAAAGAAUACGAAGUGCUAUCUGGAGUCUCUCAAGGCUUGUAUCUAGGUCCUUUAUUAUUCAAUAUAUUUGUUAAUGAUAUUGGUGUACUGCUAAAAUCUUCAGGAUGAUACGUGAAGAACAAGAUGAAAUCUGUCUGCAGCAAGACUUGGAUUUUCUAAGCACCUGGUGUACUGCCAAUACGCACACUUGAAGUCAUGAACUACAAAAUAAAUGACCAGAAACUUCAGGAAGUCCUCGAACUAAAAGAUCUUGGAAUUAUCAUAGACAACAGGUGGACUUUCCAUAAGCACACUGAUAAAAUCGCCUUACAAGCCUUCAAAGUGCUUGGACUCAUCACUAGAGCAACAAAAGACUUCAGUAAUGCGUCCACCUUGGUUAAACUCUUUACUACAUUAGUACUUCCCAUUUUAGAAUAUGGUACGGUAAUUUGGUCACCAUUUAUUGAUAUUCCAGUCAAUAGACUUGAAAAAAUUCAGUAUAAAUUCUGCAAGUCACUGUCAUUUUUCUUAGCACGGCCAACAUCAACAGCAGCAGUGGAGGAAGAAAAAGUUCCACUUAAAGAAGAACUUAAUGUUCUUUUAUAAAGUCUUGAAUGGUUUUAUCGAGGCUUCUGAGGUACAGGACAGCUUUGAAAUAAUCACAGAUGGGCCAAGCCUCAGACGCAAUCGCUUUAUUAAAACAACCAAAUCAACUAAAAGCUAUGUCACACAUGGUCUUAGAAACAGGAUAACUAAUUAUGUAAAUGACAUGACUCCUCAGAUCCAGUUCUUCGGAGAUUCCAUCCAUUCCUUUAACAUUGAAUUGAGAAGAGGACUACUACAAUGGCUAAAACUCGGAUUAUAUUAUGUUAUAUUAUUUUUAACGUUAACUGAAUUUCUGUUUCUCCUCUUUAGAUUCUCUAUAUUAUGUCUCAUUUAAUUUUUGUAUAAGUUACUUACUAUAUUCUUGCAAUACUAAUAUUAAUAAUAACAUUAUAUAUAAUAACAUUAUUAUUCCCUUUUACUGUAUAUUGCCGAUUGGCGUUUACGAAUAAAUAAAUAAAUUAAAAUAUAAAGU